CAAUGUUUGUGCUACCAUUUGAUUUCCUUCAAUUUUGGAUGAUCUGACGUUAGACGAUUUUAGUAACAUCAAUAAUAAACCAUAUGCUACAAUUAACUGUGUUCGUCAGAAAGUAAAUUAGUUCAUAUGCUUUGCUGGAGCUCCCCAAAGUCCUGUCACCAUUUCUGGAAACCAGUGAAAGAACUUUUAAAAAACAACUGAAGUUCGUUUUGUGAACUGUUGAAAUCUUGUACUUUUCCCGAACAAUGUUUUAAACAUCCAAGGUCACAGUGGGGAGAAUGCACACCGGUUUUCGCAUUUUGUACCUUGUUUGGUAACUUCUGUCCUACCGGAACUCCACCAUGGUCGGUCAACCUUUCAGUUGGAGCUGUUAUGCAUGAGUACUAGAGUGUCACCUGAAUCUUUCAAACCGUCAACACUUAAAACAUUUUUGCCCAGUGGAGGUGGCAUCUUAAUAAAAUUGUCACAGCUUUAUGGAUAUUUACUAGUGUUUCGCCAAAAAAGCCAUUCAUUUCACACUUCAAUGUCAUUAGUUAAAAAACCCAAUUAUCUUGUACAUAAUCCAACUCAAAGUGUCUCUGUGGUCCAUGAUGCCGCCCAGCUUCAGAACGUCGCAAGGAUUCAAGAAUUUUACCGUCGUCCAUUACCUCGACAUUGUAUUUCUUUUAGUUCUCCCGAAGGAAAACGUAUUUUCCGCGAGGCAUUAUUAUCAGGGCAUAUGGAGACUUAUUUUUGUUUAGCGUCUCAAUUUUGCACACAGGAAGAACCUUCUUAUUGCGGGCUUGCCAGUUUAGUUAUGGUUCUCAACGCUUUGGGUAUAGAUCCUGGACGAGUAUGGAAAAGCCCUUGGCGUUGGUAUCAUGAAAGUAUGUUGACCUGCUGUUUGCCACAGGAUGUUCUCACAAAAGGAAUUACCCUGGAUGAUUUUGUUAAAAUUGGUCGUUGUUACGGCUUAGAUGUGGAUCUACAUCGUGUUUCUUCGGAAAAUUCACUAUCGCAUUUUCGAGAUAUGGUAACCAAAAUGACUUCUGGAUCAUCUGAAGGUUAUCUUGUUGUCUGCUAUAGCCGCAGUGCUUUAGGCCAAACGGGUACAGGUCAUUUCGCUCCAGUCGGUGGUUAUCAUCCACAAAGAGAACUUGUCUUUCUAUUCGAUACUGCUCGUUUUAAAUACCCACCUCAUUGGGUUUCUCUGACAAAAUUAUGGGAGAGCAUGAAUCAAGUAGAUCCUGCUACACAACUACCUCGAGGUUUUGUUGUUCUUCGAAAGGCUACAAUUCCAGUUUCUAGUGAACAGAUAACUGAAGCACAAGAAGAAUUACGUGUCAGCUUUAGUAGUGAUAAUAGUACUAAUUGUCAAAACCAAUUGCAUAAUAGAUUUCAGCUGCAGUUAUUUGGAAUUUCCAGCUGCGCUUACCAAGCUUAUUCAUCCCGGUCAACACUGCUUGAUUGUAAUUCAUCUAGUUACAAGCUGAAAUCACUGGCCGAUCGAUGGAUCGAUUGGUUGAAAUAUGAAAUCAAUGAAUCAGAAGUGUUUAUGAAUGAAACUACACAGUUUUGGAAUGAAGCUAUCCAAUUUCUAUUCGAUGAAAUCUAUACAUUAAGACCAACUGAUUUCUUUUAUGUUACUCAACCGUUGAAAUCAUCACCAACAACAACAACAGCAGAAACUCAGACGAACACCACUACACCACCAGACGAUCAUCAAUCGGGAAAUUUUUGUUCUCACAGUGUACUACGUGAUCUUGUUGGCUCAUCGUUAGGUCGUAUCGUCUCAGAGUUUAUAUCAAAAAUGAAUCAUGAUUUCUUUACAUGGUUAACUACUGACGGUACUUUCCGACUGGCUAUCUCAUCCAAUUCAUGGAAUACUGCCUCUGCUGAUCCAUGUCCAUUCACAGUGUUAACUGAUCCUGGAUUACGGUUGUGUCUGUUAGUGACUAGUUUUCUAUUGGUAUUUCCGUAUAAUCAUUUUCUGCCAGAUCAUCUGUUGGAUAAUUCAGUGUCUUCAUCGUCAUCAUGCUUGCCGUCGACUACGCCUGUGUCUCGACUUCAAAUUAUGAUCAAGUUAGUUGACGAUGUGAAGCUGUCGACUCCGACUAGAAAUGAGUUGAACUUGUUGAAAAGUAUGUUACAGACACUGAUGAGUAAAGGUGCACAACUGUCGUGCACUAGUUGUGUAGAUAAAUGAUGAUUUUGGCAUAUGUAUCAUUAUACUACUUAUUUAUUUGUUUAUUUACUUAUCAGUUCUCAGGGAUUUUGAUAAGAAAAUUCAGAUCUCUCUAUCCAUGUUUUGCUUUUAUAUAUAUUUUAUAUUCUUCAACUGCAUUAUUGUUUUUUUGAAGGUAUUUCUUAUU